AAGCACGUGCAGGAAGUUGUGAGCUUUCUGAUGCGACGCUGGUUGAAGUUACCUGUUCCUAGCGGAGAUGGAGGCUGCAGGGGCGGAAUAUCUGCAGGGCAGAUGUGAAUUAUCUGAGGGGAUACAGGUCCUCCUUACCCAGGAGAGCAGAGAGAUUGCCCCUCACUGCCCCCAUGGUCCGACAUUGCUGUUUGUCAAAGUGUCUCAAGGCAAAGAAGAAGGCAGAAAGUUCUACGCGUGUUCAGCCUGCAGGGACAGGAAGGAUUGCCGUUUCUUUCAGUGGGAAGAUGAGAAGGUUUCACAAGACAGACUAUUAGCAAGAGAACAAUUCAACCGAAGCCAUCAGCCGCCUCUGAGCCACGUACAAUAUAUGUCAAGGUUUCAAGAAUAUAUCCAAUUACCAUUAUCAAAAAGAAAGUUUUGCAGAGAAUGUCAGCAGCUUCUGCUCCCAGAAGACUGGGAUGGACACCUGGGUCACCAUGUGAUUGGGGACAUCUCCGUUUCCCAUUUAAGGAGACCCACCCAACUGCUCCAUCCCUUAGAGAACAAGAAAGCUAACGCACAGUACUUAUUUGCCGAUAGAAGCUGCAGCUUCCUUGUGGACACAAUCCUGAAUCUGGGUUUUAAACGUGUGCUUUGUGUUGGAACUCCCAGGCUUCACGAAUUGCUCAGACUUCGCGCCAGUGCUGAAAACCAACUACAUAUGAAGAGCCUCUUGUUAGACAUUGAUUUUAGAUAUUCACAGUUUUACAAUGAGAAUGAAUUUUGCCAUUACAACAUGUUUAAUCAUCAUUUCUUUGGUGGAGAGGCAGCGCAGAGUAUUUGUCAGAAAUUCCUUCGGGAAGACGAUGGUCGAGGAGUCAUCAUGGUGACCGACCCUCCGUUUGGAGGCUUGGUGGAACCCCUAGCUUUUAGCUUUAAAAGAUUAAGGGACUUACACAGAGGAGCUUCAAACACGGAAGGCUUGAAGGUGUUGCCUCUUUUCUGGAUAUUUCCGUACUUCUUUGAGUCCCGCAUCGUGCGAUGCUUUCCGGAAUUCAGCAUGCUGGAUUAUCAGGUAGACUAUGAUAACCACACUCUUUAUAAGCAUGGCAAGACGGGCCGGAAGCAGUCGCCGGUGCGCAUAUUCACAGAUAUCCCUCCUGAACUAAUGGUGCUCCCAGCCAGCGAAGGUUACAGGCUUUGCUCUCUAUGCAAGAGAUACGUAUCAGCUGAAAACCGACACUGUGACAAAUGCAAUUCCUGCACAUCCAAGGACGGCAGAUCCUGGAAACACUGUGAUCUGUGCGAGAAAUGCGUAAAGCCGUCCUGGAUUCACUGUAGUUCCUGCGACCGCUGCGCGCUUCCUAACCAUUCCUGCGGCAGCCUGGAGAGCGGCUGCUUUCUGUGCGGAGAAAAGGGCCACAAACUUCGGAGUUGUCCUCAUCACGUUGGGACCACAGGCUGCAAGAAGGUGAACAUACAAGGCAAAAAGAAGCUUCCGAAAACAAAAGUUAAGAGAAACGCAGGAAAGCAUGCGCCUGCCACGUCUGUGCGUAAGAAGAUGAGAAAAUGUGGAAAGAAGAAACGGCUUCCUUGAUCAAUUUUUGGUCCCUAAGAAACUUUCGAUACACAGACCGGUUCCGUACUGGGUUUAGAUGCACCCUUUAGUGACAAUAGAAAAAGGAAUAAGCAUUUUAUACAGUCUAUGAAAGUUUUACCAAACACAAGUCGCUGUGCUUUACAGGUGGGGAAAAAAAACAGAGUAUCAUCAAACGGGCUAUAGAAAUCAUCCGUUAUUGUAAAUCUAUACAAAUGUCUUUAUUUUACCCAGUUUAUUAAAUAUAGUUAA